UCUUACAAUAGAAAAAAGAUCCGUGAACAAUCGUUGACAUCUAAUGUAUGCUAAUUACAUACAUAAGAAAUCAUCAGAAAGCAAAUCGUAGCAAUGAUGAAUUGUUGUAACAAAGCGUUACGUCAAAUACUUUAUUGCAAAGUAACAAUACUGUUGUAGUUACACUGUGACAACGUCAACUUCGGAUAGUAUAUAAAACGCAGUAAAUUGUAUCUCUAUAAAUAUCUAUUUAAAUAAAAGAAAGAGAAAAGAAGAAGUAAAAAUGACGAUUGAUUUAUCAACUGUGCCGCUUGCUGCAGCCACUGUUACGAGCAGACAAGUUAUUGCAACAAUGUUAAACCCAGUGAAAGUUCUGCCAAGCGAUAACGGUUUGCCAAGGGAUUGGAGAGGCUUGGCGCAUCAGUUAGAACUCAGCUCAAAAUUUGUGUCAAUGCUUGUGUCACAUUCUGAUCCAACAAUGCGCAUAUUCACAGAGUUGACAGACAAAAAUAAAAAAGACAUUGCAAUAAAAGAUUUUCAAGCAAUGAUGGAACAGAUGGAUAGAUGGGACAUUAUUGAUGACACUGAAGCUUUGUUCCAAAGUGAUGCUGAGAGGUAUUUGGAACAUGAACAAAAAGCUCAAAUUUCAGUAGAUCCAAUGGACGAAUGUAUCGAUAAAAAAAUACUUACUUUAGAUGAUAUUCAUAGAUUAAAACAAGAUUUAGGACUGCAAUAUUACGAUGCAUUUCUUUUAUAUGCAGAAGAGGAUAUUGACUUUGUGAAUGAGAUGAUUGAGAAGCUUGAGGUACAAUUCAAGCUAAAGCUAUGUUUGAAAGAUCGAGAUUUGGUAGCUGGUUUAGAAUUCGAACAUGAAGCAGUAAUGGAGUUAAUAUCCGAACGAUGUAAUAGAUUACUCAUUAUAGUAUCACCGAAUUUAAUGAAACACUCAACAAACAAAUUUUUUUUAAACUAUACUCAAGCUUUAAGUAUCGAAAAGCGACAAAGAAAAAUUAUACCAUGUAUAUACAAAAGCUGUGAAUUGCCAUUUCAACUGAAAUAUAUAUUUAAUUUGGAUUAUAAUCGUAAAGGAUUAUUUGAUUUUUGGGGCAAAUUACGUGAUUCUAUACAAGCUCCAAAUUCUACUGCUACAUGUAGUUCAACUCAAAUAGGAAACAACAGUAUAAUGCAAGAGACCACAGAAGUAAAGAAAAUUUGUUCUGACAAAUACAGUGAUAUACCUCAUAUUACUCAAGAAACAAACAAAGAAACUAUAAAAUCUCCACAACACAAGAAUGAAAAUUGUAAAAAUGAAAUUAUUGCGAAAGAAAGUAAUAUAGAAACUUUAAAUGUUAAUAAUAAAAAGAAUAAGACAUUCUUACGAUGGGAAAAAAUUACUUCAAAUUUGAAGACGAAACAAAUUAAGAAAAACGAUCAAUUAACUACAGAAGAAAUUGUUCAAAAUCUGCCAUCAGUAAAUAACUUAGACAGCUUAGAUUUAUCAAGUACUUAUGAAUAUAAGAAAAAGAAGAAAAAUUUAUUUAGCAAAUUCACAAAGAAAAAAAUUCCUGUGAAGACUUGA